GUGUGUCCGGCCGGUGAUGCCCGAGUGAGCGCGCGUCCAGGCCCCUGCCCCCGGGAGGCAACUUGCACGCAGGCCGCACGGGCGUCCUCGCGGCCAGGAGGCUUCGUUUCGGUUUUGGCGGAGGCAGCGGCGGCGCGGUAGGUUGAGGGGGACCCGGGACACCUGAAUGCCCCCGGCCCCGGUUCCUCCGACACGAUGGGGAAGGUGCUAUCCAAAAUCUUCGGGAACAAGGAAAUGCGGAUCCUCAUGUUGGGCCUGGACGCAGCCGGCAAGACCACGAUCCUGUACAAGUUGAAGCUGGGCCAGUCGGUGACCACCAUCCCCACGGUGGGUUUCAACGUGGAGACGGUGACUUACAAAAACGUCAAGUUCAACGUGUGGGAUGUGGGCGGCCAGGACAAAAUCCGGCCGCUCUGGCGGCAUUACUACACCGGGACCCAGGGUCUGAUCUUCGUAGUGGACUGCGCCGACCGCGACCGCAUCGACGAGGCCCGCCAGGAGCUGCACCGCAUUAUCAAUGACCGGGAGAUGAGGGACGCCAUAAUCCUCAUCUUCGCCAACAAGCAGGACCUGCCUGAUGCCAUGAAACCCCACGAGAUCCAGGAGAAACUGGGCCUGACCCGGAUUCGGGACAGGAACUGGUAUGUGCAGCCCUCCUGUGCCACCUCAGGGGACGGACUCUAUGAGGGGCUCACAUGGUUAACCUCUAACUAUAAAUCUUAAUGAGCAUUCUCCACCCAUCUCCCGGAAGGAGAGAAAUCAAAAACCCAUUCAUAGGAUUAUCGCCACCAUCACCACCUCUUUCAAUUGCCACUUUCUCUUCUUUUGAAUUUGAACUCUGGAGUUACUGUUCUAUGGUUUAGUGGGGUUGGGGGGUUUUCUUUCUUUGUUUCUUUCUUCUUCUUUUUUUUUUUUUCUUUGUUGCUUUGCCUUAGGAUGUUCUGAUCUGACAUUUGACAUGAACACAGUGCUAGAUGCUCUUGGUGACUUCCAGCAAAUGGGGUGGGGGAAAUAUAGCAGCUCUUGGUAAAGUCCUUUAUAAUAAUGGUUUGAUUUUUUUAUUUCGAGCGAAUCUUUUUUCCCCCCAAUGUAUGCUUUUUUCCUUUUUGCCCAGUUUCCUUAUCACUUGCUGUAGAUGGCUUAUUUUGCAUUCAUGCAGACUAUGUUGCAAGUCUGUUUCAUCUAGUAAACUGAAAAUUAUUGCUUAAUCAAACUGCCGUUUGUCUUUUAUAUUUAAGGCCUUCCCCCCUCCCUUAUUAGCUCUAACUUAGUAAUUUCAAAUGUGACCUUUUAUAUCUAAGACCAGUAUGGUGAAAGCCACAGUGGCAAAUAAUGAGUAAUACCAGUGUAAUAUGUUCCAGUUGCACAUCAGUAUGUUAAACAGGUAAUGUAAGAAGUUCUUUGAAAUGUCAGCUAUUAAGUUCUGAAACAUACAUCGUGCAUGAGUAUGAAUAAAACCCAAGUUUCUCCUUAAUAUAGCUAAUUUAAGCCGCAUAGAACAUAAAAGUGUAACUUGCCAAGGACGCAGAAAUUUUUCACUGCAGAGUUAGUAACUUUGCUGUUUUCCCUCUUACCUUUAAAAAAUAGACAAUUUCCAGAAAAUGGAGCAAUAAUGGUGUGUUCUACACACAGCUGAAAUAUUUGUAGAAAUUUUAAGUGACUUUUGGGCAAACCUGGAAUAUAUACUCUCGUUUCAAAUGCCUAAGAUGAGUAGUUUUAAAAAUUACUAAAACAGUUUGGUUAUUACUUAAAACAUUUAACAAUUCAAGCUAUUAUGCACCUUUUACCUAGUUGGAAAAAUAAACAUUCCUGUUUUCACAUUACAGCAGCUGAUUAAGCUUAAGAUAUAUCAUGUUUUUAGAUGGGUGGUCCACAUCUCCAUUAAUUAGAACACUGGAAAAAUGUUUUUAUAUAUAAAACAAAGUAUUUAGUUUUGCUUGAUUGUAGGAUUAACUCAUGCAAAUAGUUACCCUGUUGGUUCAGUAGUACACUAUCUUUAAGGAAGGAAAUGUGAUGAAUGAGUGCUCUAUAGACUUGAGGGAAGACAAAGGGGAAGUAGGAUGAAGAGUGAACCUGCAGAUGACAAUGAAUGUAAACUUAUUUUUCAAGGGUAAGCAUUGCGAUCACUGGUGAUAGAUAUCCAGAUCUUAACGUGAUUAGCUGGUUAGGACCAGUAACUAGAUUGAGACCACUAUGAUAAUAUUUUGAACCAAAUGUUAAUGCUUGAUUCAGAAUUUUGAAGCAGCAUUUGGUUCUCACAUAGCCUUAAGGAUUAAUUUUAGUGAUCCUCAAGGAAUUAAACUUAGGGAAUUUCAGAAAUGUAGACUGCAAGGGCAGUAUACAGAAGAGGUGGAGUGGUUUUGUUUAUGAGGGUGUCUGAAAAUUAAAAUUGAGCCGGAUAUCAUGGUAUAUAAGUUGGACAGUAUUAGUCCUUCAAGUUUUGGCCAUAUGUAUAAUGGAGCUUUUACCAAAGAUGUAUGAGAAGCAUUAGGCUAUUCAAAAAUCAACUAUUCAAAGUAAAACUCAAAACAUUUUCCUUAAAGCAGAUGAGAAAAGGUGCUAUGUUGCAGGCUCCUAUUGAUGCAGAGGGAUUUUUGAAUUGAAAAUGCAACCUAAAGUGUAGUUUUCAGUUUCACUUUACUUAGAAGUAUCUAGAAAUUAGGCUGAUACACAAUUAAGAACAUUUUAGUUGCUUUUUAAAAUUCCCACAGUUCCACCAUAAAUGUAACUCUUGGCAUUUUAAAUGAUUACAUUUUAAGGUACAUAAACAUGGGUUAUACAAAUAUCAAAGCUAUAGUAACAUCCUGAAACAAAAUAAGCACAAAGGUAUAAAUGCCUAAACUGGAGGAAACUUGAAACCCUCAUGUUAAAUCUUAAAUGUAGUGUUUCUAACUUGUGACAGACAGAUUGGUAGGCAGCCAUUUUUUUUUGUGUGUGUGUCUUAAAAUAACUGGGGGGCAUAGUUAAAAUUUUAUACAUCAAAUGAUUGCUAUUACUGAAUGUUGCAGGUGGGAUGUUAUUUUUAGUUUUAUUUGAAAUGUCUGAAAAGGUGGGAGGGGAAAACACUUUUUUGAAAUUUGGACACCCUGAACCUUUUGGAAAGAAAUUGUAAUUUUCAUUUACACUUAAGGAUUAUAAGAGAUUUAUAAUUGAUGUAGUUAAAUUGAACCAUAACCAUUGGUGAUUAUGGAGCAGGUAAUUAUAGCCUGCAGAAAAGUUAUAAUUUAAAAAUAAAAAAUCCUGAAGAUUUUAAUUGCAUCAAUUUCUGUAUUUAUGUGAAUUUAUAAACUGCAGUAAGUUUUGAAAUGAGGUUAAUCUUGUCUAAUAUAAGUAAAUGAGUCUGUAGACUGUGAUCUCCCCAAGCUAAAAAGUACGAUACUUGGAAUUGUGUUCUUUAUGGUUGUAGUGUUGGUAAAGCACUAAUAUGCAGAAAAUAAAGACAUUACACAGUGCA